AUCACGCCGAACGCCGGAAAUGUGGGCAACCCCCUCUUCGCAUCUACUCUUCAACACCUGCAGGAGCUAUCGGCAGCUGGCGGUGCAGCUGGCUUAUUGCCCAGCAGCUCGCAGCUCGCUCUGGGCAGCCAGUUUGCAACCGAACUUAACAAUAUUGCGGCUGUGGGCUGGCCCGCAACUGCUCAGAAUACAAAUGCUACUUGGCUGGAGCAGGUUCGAAAAAUUUAGUUUUUCUAUUUGUUGUUAUAUCCAAAUUCUCCCAAUUCACAGCAAAAAGAUUCUCGCUCGCAUAGUGCAAAAAAGUACAGAUAAAUAA